UGCACUGCCCCCACUAAUCAUGCCUCCUAGCUGGAAGUGAUGGUUUGACUUUGAAAACAGUUUUCCGUUGGUUUUACUAUGUGGUACUGGGUUUUGCUGGGGGGAGCUGAAAUUAAUUGAGAAAUUUCAUCUAUGCUGGUUUUGUUUUUCUUUGAAGAGGGAGACAUCACGAAUUUUCAUUAAAACUUUGAGUUUAUUGCAUGUUUGAUGUGAGAGGCUGCACUGGAGGUCAAAAAAGUAAUCAAAGUUAAGUCAUGCUUGCACUUUCCGCAUGAUUGACUAAUUGAUGAUAACGUGAUGCUUGAUAUUUGAGGACAUUAGUCGAAACCAAGGUUUCGGUUUUGACUUCUCAAGACUUCUUCAAUUCUCCAAAAACAAAAGUGAAAUAAAAUGUUGUCCGAUUUCCUCAUAUGUAUCCCCUUAAAUCAAACAAAGUGGCACUGUUUGCUAAACUAAUUCGUUCAACCUCAUUCCCCUAAUCACCUGCAAGCCCCCAAUCGUCACUAGACCGACACCAUCGUCCAGCGAUCGAUAGCCCCUUUCCAGAACCUCCCACACAACCCAUAACGCACUGCUGGUGACCAUUGAUCUAGCCCGCACUAACAAGGUUACCAGGUUGUGCCGUUGACAACCGUAAUUGCAGAUCAUAGCGGAGAGCAGUCAGCUGUGACCCCUGCUUCGAUUUCUGAACUCACAGAUCUCCCCGUAUAAAACCCAGUUCCCAGGUCGGUGACCAUGGUCAGUUUGAAGUUCCCCGGUGAUCAUGAACGUUGUUGUCGAUUGAGAGAGGUUAGGAGGAUUUCUGUAAAGAUGGCGCCACGUGGUUUGCUGAUUUUGGUGGUCAUGCUUGGGGGCAUGGUUUGUGGAGGAGCCCCGUACAGGAGGCAGGUCAAGCAGCUGGCUUGGGAAGUUAGGGAGCUGCUUCGGACGUGUAGUGACCGGAACGACUCCCAGUGGAACUGUUUGUGGGAUCAGGGUUUGGCGGCGGUCGAUGACUUUGUGAACCGGGAUAAGAUUCCGCUGGUGACUGGGGUCAGUUUGGUGCGAGUGAAGGCGACGAAAGUAAAUGCCAGCAACCCAUCGAGUGCAGUUCCGAGUGACGAAUCGAAAAAUCUAAACAAUGUAACGAAAGACUCGGAGCAGAGCAAAACGUGGACCGGCAGGGUGUUGGAUGCACUGGAUCACAUGUUCGAGACACAUGUGCUGCAAAUCGAUCUGGUUCCGCGUAACAGCGACAGCGCCAGAGGCCAGAGCAAUCAUACUAAACAGCAGCAGCAGCAGAAGAUGUCGAAUGAUGUUAAUGGAUGGUGGCAGAAGAAGAAGGGCAGCUUUCGUGGGUUUGAAACGAAGGAUGUUGACGAAGGACGUCACCGGCGCCGGCAGCAGAUGAUUCCGAUGAUGAUAUUCGGCGUGGUGGUGUUCGGGUCGUUCGUCAUCCCGAUGGGCUUCCAGUUUCUGGCGGCCCUCAGCGGGAAGGCCUUCCUGAUGGCGAAGCUGGCCCUGCUUCUGGCCUCCAUCAACGGACUAAAACGGGUAGCCCAACCGGGCGUCCACUACGGUCUGUACCACCACGUCGACCAACACCCGCACCAUCUCCACGGCUCACCCGGCGUCCUGUACGACCGCGACAAUGGAUUUGGUCCUCGCAAUUUGCCACCGGUUCCACCACCCUCCUCAUCACAUCAAACAGAAUAGCAGCUAAGUUCAAUUCGUAGGAAAAAACGUAGCCAUCAUCAGCGCCACCGUAGCAGCUUGGGACGAUUCUUCAGUUCGUCGUCCUCCUUCGGCGGAGAACCUGCCCCGGACAUCCUGACCAGUACGACCGUUGUGAAUACCCCGCCAACUCCCGCUCCCCAGUUCUACCAGCUGUGGGGAGUUUCGCCGGGAGUUCCACCCCCACCGCCACCACCACAUCCUCCCUCACCGUAUCAACAUGGACCGUUCCCGGGUGUGUCGGACGUUCCACCGUGGCCACCGACCCCGCUGACCCAGUACGCGGCCCUCAUGUCCAGCGCCGCCCAGGCCAGCCUCGCCAUGUACGUCAACUUUGUGCGCAGCAUCUACGCCAGCUGUCGGCUGUUCAUGUCCGAGCUGUUCUGGUCGAACGUGCAGAGUUUGAUGCCGUACUUUGCGCCGCCCUGGUUUACGAGACUUUGGGGGAACAGAGGAGGUCCGGGGCCGCCGGUGCAGUUUGAUGGCCAGUUUGGGUACUAUCAGGGGAUUCCACCCGGGGGGAUUACGCACGGUUAAGUGUUAAGCUAGAACUAGAAGAUCGAAGAAGAAUUUGUUGUUUUUAGAAGCCAGGUUUAGCAUUUAGAGUCGUCGUAGUCAGGGUCAUCACAGCAGAGUAAAGCAUUUAACGUUUCCAUUGGUUAACAAGUGAAGGUUUUAAAUCCAAAUUAGGGCAAGUUCUCAUGUGUUAAACAGGCAAAAUUCGUCGAUUUACUAAACAACAUUGUGUUUAUUAAACCUUUAAUACAAACUUCAAUUGCCGCCAAUUUCAUAACCACUUGAACACUUUUUUAUAUAAAUUUCAAAACACCCCACCUACUGUCACCUGUGUCACACAAAGAAAAUCCCAGAAAAAUUGACAUUACUGAAUAAUUUUGUAAUUUUAUGCAUUUAACUUAAAAUGCAAUUUUAAAUACAAUAUGAAGAAGAGCCUUAUUUUAUUAACAAAACAUUUCCAUGGAUGAUGACGGUGAUCAUGAUGAACAAGUUUUUACUCAAAUAGCAAGGAGACAAAUUUGCAUAAUUUCUUAAGAUUUUGUUAAAGCAGCUUUGUUAUUUUUUUUGAUAACUUAUUGUUAAUAUGUUUUAAUUAAAAAAGGUG